AUGCCCACGCCUCCAUUUCCACCGCCAACUGGAGAAUUUUCGGAACACAAAGCCAACUGCCACUGUGGCGCUGUCCGAUUCACCUUUUCCAUCUCACCGCCUCUUGAUGCUUAUCCUGUCGUUGAGUGCAACUGCUCCAUCUGCCAGCGCAACGGGUACCUGCUUGUAUAUCCGAUCAAGGAGAACCUAAAACUCGCAAACGGUUCAGAAGAGUCCAUGGGGUCCUAUACAUUUGGGAAUAAGACAGUAAAGCACAACUUCUGCAAGGAAUGCGGCAGCAGCGUGUUCUUCGAGGUUCAGAGCCCGCCACCAGAAGCGAUAGCUGAGGCCGAGGCGAAGGGGGAGAAGUUGCCUGUCAUAAUGGGAGUCAAUCUCCGGAUGGUGACUGGGUUGGAGGUGAACAAAUUGAUUAUCAGGAAAGUCAACGGAGCAGAGCGCGAGCCGAAGUACACGGUGUAA